AUGCACUGCCAGGCGAACGAGAGUCUCUUCCCCGCCAAUCCACCGGAUCCGGACUCCGAGUUCGCGCUCGAGAUCACGAACAGCUACAUCUCUCGCGUCAUGUUUGCUCCUUCGGAAGAUCUGCCCAAAACCUACGGUAGCAUGACGUCUCCUCAGGAUUCCACGACAACCAGUACUCACGAAGAGCCCUCUCCCACAGACAACGGCAAACUGGAACCCGGACGAGCCAGCGCCAAGAAGUCCCUUGAGGACCAAAUUGACGAUCUGCUUGCGACUUUGCGAGAUAUCCGGUCGUUUGUCUUGCCUGCUUUCCCCGGCGCUAGAUCUCUAUCUUAUCUCUCUUGGAGGAAAGGAUCGGCACUGCCUGUAUUGUUGCUGGAGGCUACGCCGCCCAGCUCCGUCAUCGACUCGAUGUAG